GCUGCCAAAGAGACAGGGGAAACACACGCACAGGCGCUCCCGCUCUCCCCGCGGCGUCCGCCUCGUCUUGCCCUGCCUUGCCACCCGCCUCGACACCUCGGCCCCCCGGCGCCGGGCGGUUGGGAUUGCUGCGGUGGCACCCCGGCCUGCGGUCCCGCCGGGAACUGGGAGCAGCGUGGGAGCGGGGGUCCAUGCGAGCCGGAGCGGGAGGGCUGACGGUGCCACUUCUCCCCCCCAAGGUGACAUGGAGCAGCUGAAGUGACCCGAGGAGCCGUUGCAGCCGUGCCCAGGAUGGGGUGUGUGCACUGCAAAGAGAAGGGAUCUGGCAAAGGGCAGGUGGGGGGUGAGGUGAGCCCCCCCCCACUCCCCACCUCCCAGUAUGACCCCGACCCCACGCAGUCGGGCACCAUCUUCACCCGCAUCCCCGACUUCAACAACUUCCACGGCACGGCGGUGCCCUCGGCUCCAUCCUUCACGGGGCCGGGGGUCUUCACCUCCAACACGCUGCAGAUGAGGAGCGGGGGCAUCACAGGCGGUGGCGUGACACUCUUCAUCGCCCUGUAUGACUAUGAGGCCAGGACGGAGGAUGACCUGACCUUCCAGAAAGGGGAAAAAUUCCACAUCAUCAACAACACGGAGGGUGACUGGUGGGAGGCCAGGUCGCUGAGCUCGGGCACCACGGGUUACAUCCCCAGCAACUACGUGGCCCCCGUGGACUCUAUCCAGGCAGAAGAGUGGUACUUUGGUAAGAUCGGGCGCAAGGAUGCGGAGCGGCAGCUCCUGUGCCACGGCAACUGCAGGGGCACCUUCCUCAUCCGGGAGAGCGAGACCACAAAAGGUGCCUACUCCCUCUCCAUCCGGGACUGGGACGAGGCCAAGGGAGACCACGUGAAGCACUAUAAGAUUCGGAAACUGGACAACGGGGGCUACUACAUCACCACCCGCGCCCAGUUCGACACCGUCCAGCAGCUGGUCCAGCACUAUAUAGAGCGGGCGGCUGGGCUGUGCUGCCGCCUGGCCGUGCCGUGCCAUAAAGGAACGCCCAAGCUGGCCGACCUCUCGGUCAAAACCAAAGAUGUGUGGGAGAUCCCCCGCGAGUCCCUCCAGCUCCUCAAGAAGCUGGGCAACGGGCAGUUCGGGGAAGUGUGGAUGGGCACAUGGAACGGCACGACGAAGGUGGCGGUGAAGACGCUGAAGCCGGGCACCAUGUCGCCGGAGGCCUUCCUGGAGGAGGCUCAGAUCAUGAAGCGGCUGCGGCACGACAAGCUGGUGCAGCUCUACGCCGUCGUGUCGGAGGAGCCCAUCUACAUCGUCACGGAGUUCAUGAGCCAGGGCAGCUUGCUGGAUUUCCUAAAGGAUGGGGACGGCCGCUACCUGAAGCUGCCCCAGCUGGUGGACAUGGCUGCCCAGAUCGCGGCGGGCAUGGCCUACAUUGAGCGGAUGAACUAUAUCCACCGGGACCUCCGCGCUGCCAACAUCCUGGUGGGAGACAACCUGGUGUGCAAGAUCGCUGACUUCGGCCUCGCUCGCCUCAUCGAGGACAACGAGUACACGGCGCGCCAGGGUGCCAAGUUCCCCAUCAAGUGGACAGCCCCAGAGGCCGCGCUUUUUGGGAAGUUCACCAUCAAGUCGGACGUCUGGUCCUUUGGCAUCCUCCUGACCGAGCUGGUGACCAAAGGCCGGGUGCCCUACCCAGGGAUGAACAACCGGGAGGUGCUGGAGCAAGUAGAGCGGGGGUACCGCAUGCAGUGCCCGGGCAACUGCCCCCCGUCCCUGCACGAAGUGAUGGUGCAGUGCUGGAAGCGGGAGCCUGAGGAGCGUCCCACCUUUGAGUACCUCCAGUCCUUCCUCGAGGACUACUUCACCGCCACCGAGCCCCAGUACCAACCGGGGGACAACCAGUGACCCGGUGCUGGCACCCCCCAGCAAGGCUCUGGGGUGGUUUUUGGGGCAAUUCUCCCCCUUUUUGCAGGGUGGUUGUUGCUCCCUUUGCCUGUGCCCCCCCCUCCAAAACACCUGUCGGGGGGUGCCCUGGGGAGGACAGGGGGCUUUGCACAAAGAUUUUGGACUCAGAGAGGGGGCAAAGCUGUGCCCCCCCGCCCCAGCCCCCCUUCCCCUGCCCCGGCCGCUCUCUCAUUGCCUUUACACCCAGCUUUGAACCCGAGAAGUGCUUUGGCUGGAGGGAGGAAGGUGGGGGUACCCCACUGUGCCCCCCCAGACACCCCUAGCCCUGCAGCAGCAGAGGCCUUUGGGGGGGGGGGGUGGCCCUCCCCAGGCCAACCCCAAUCUCCUCUCCCCUGGCUCAGCUCUGUGCACCUGGGGGAGUUCAGCCCCCCAAAUCCUGGAGCUGACCUGGGAAAGGUCACCUUAACCCCCCGUUCUUAAUAUCGUCUUUAAUUUAUGAGAUUUUAUACCCCUCACCCUAGCAGCCAGCUCACCCCCAGGGAUCCCUGUAUUUAGGGGGAUCCCUUGCCCCCCCCUUUUAUCUUCUCUCCUUAUAGUAGAGUCAAAUCCUGAAAGCCAUAAACCUCUGCUUGCACUGGGGGGGAACAAGGGGUCCU